AUGUUUGAAAAAAUCCAAAAAUUGCACACAUGUUUGGGAUUGAAUGUAAUAAGGAAGCAAGAGUUUCAGAAUGUGGGAGUGAUGCAGGAAUCCACAUGUGGAGAUGCUGAUGUUGGUACCAUUUUGCCAGGCUGGCAAAAAAACAGACUGACAUAUAGAAUACUGAACAGCACACUUGAUAUGAAAGAAAAAGAUGUGGAUAAAGCAAUCAGGAAGGCAUUUCAAUUGUGGAGUACUGUGACACCCCUGAGUUUCAGUGGAAUUUAUGAAGGGACAGCUGAUAUAAGGAUCACUUUUGUGACCAGAGCUCAUGAUAGCUGCCCUUGUAAUUUUGAUGGUCCCUAUGGAAGGCUUGCUCAUGCCUUUCCACCCAGUGAAAGUCUUGGUGGGAAAGUCCACUUCGAUGAGGAUGAAAACUGGACAGCAGGCUCAGAUGGAUUCAACUUGUUUCUUGUUGCUGCUCAUGAGUUGGGCCAUGUACUAGGUCUCCCCCAUUCUGCUGACCCCAGGGCCUUGAUGUUUCCCAGUUAUGCCUAUUUCAAAGUUUAUGAUUUUCCUCUCUCUCAAGAUGACAUUAUUUGCAUUCAGGCCAUUUAUGGGCCCCGGUCAUUCCUUCCAGUUAAAUCAUCUAAAGUCUGUGGCUCCAAGGUGUCUUUUAGUGCUAUCACUACAUUACGCAGAGAAGUCAUGUUUGUGAAAGGCAAGUAUUUAUGGAGAGUCUAUCCUGAUACCUUUGAAGUUGAACUUGAAUUAAUUUCUACAUUCUUGCCCUUUCUUCCAUUUGGUAUUCAAGCGGCUUAUGAAAAUAGUAAAGAUCAGACUCUAUUUUUCAAAGGCAAUAAUUUCUGGGUUAUCAGUGGGUAUCAGGAGCUGCCUGGUUAUCCUAAGAAUAUCAGCAUAUUGGGUUUCCCAAGCAGUGUUAAGAAAAUUGAUGCAGCUGUUUCUAAUAAGAAUACAGGGAAAACGGACUUUUUUGUAGGUGACAAGUAUUGGAGGUACGAUGAAAACAGUCAAACCAUGAAAAGAGGUUAUCCACAAAGAAUAGUAGAUGACUUUCCAGGAAUUGGCAGUAAAGUUGAUACUGUUUUCCAGUAUAAAGGACUCCUUUACUUUUUCUAUAGAUCAAAGCAGAGGGAAUUCAACCCUAAUACUAACAAUGUUGUUCGUGAGCUGAAGAGCAACAGCUGGUUUCACUGUUAA